UAACCAAAACCCACCGUAACCAACCACUCCCCCUCCUUAUUAUUAAAAUAUUAUUAAACAAUUCACAAUUAUUAUCAUUGUAUUAAUUUAUUAUUAAUAGUAAUAAAAUAAAUAAAGUCAAAACAGUGUGCGAUUUUCAACAUCCAUAGAAAAUUAGUAGUAGAUUACAUGAAUAUAUAAUUAAUUUAAUUUCAUCAAUAUCAAGAAAAAAAUAAAAAUUUACCAUUUUCCCUUUUUUGGCUUUUUUCUUCUUCUUCUUCUUCUUCAUUUUUUCAGCUCAAAUCCAUUUUCUCACCCUCUCUGCUCCUCUUCUUUUCCAUGGAUUCAGAUUUCUGGACUUCUCGUCUUGCAGUUGCUAAACGCCAGUUAAAUUUGCAGCAACAUCAUUCCUACAAUCAUCAAUCUUCUCAACUCGUAGAUAGGUUGAGCAUCGAUGAUUUCGAGGUUGAAGAAGAGGUCCGACCCGAUUUUCCAUGUCCGUAUUGUUAUGAGGAUUUUGAUAUUGCCUCUCUUUGUUCGCAUCUUGAAGAGGAACAUUCUUGCGAAUCCAGAAUCACUGUCUGUCCCAUUUGUUCUCAUAAAGUUUCGAGGGACAUGUUAAGUCAUAUUACGGUGCAACAUGCACACUUGCUCAGGGUGCAGCGGCGCCGUAGAUUACGUAGAGUUGCAAUUCCCAGCAGUCAGGCACUCUCUCUAUUAGGUAGAGAUCUUCGUGAAGCUCAUUUGCAGGUACUUUUAGGAGGCAGUGGAUAUCGAUCAAGCAGUGCAGCAUCAACCACUGCAGCGGCAGCCAGUGACCCCUUCCUUUCAUCUCUAGCUUUGAACUACCCCACACUUGAAGCAGAGGAAAUUUCAAAAUCUGUUUUAUCCACCGUUGAGGACUCUACUACGAAGAACGUGACAUCACAGCAUAUAUGGAAGUUAAGUUUUGACCCUUCACUAAGUGCGGAAGAGCGAGAAAAGAGGAUAAGACAGGCUACUGGAAGGGCUGUCUUUAUCCAAGAUCUGUUUGCCUCCUCAUUGUUAGCUGACUAAUAAUAGGAGAGGAGUAAGUAUUGCACCGCAAGCAUACCGAUGAUUAAUCAUCCAUCUCCAUAAGUCUUCUCAAUCAGAGAUCUGGUCCCUAAGAAUGAUUACUACCUAGUUGUUUUUUUGCUUUAAUGAUAUUAUGAUAUUGUAAUUUGUAAUCUAGGCAUUGCGGGAAAGUAGUUUUAUCAUGACAAGAAGAAUUUUAAUCAGGGCAGCAGCACUACAUGUGUUCACUUGUUAGAAUACAUUUAGUGUUGCGCCAUUUUUUUUUAAAAGAAUUAUUUUUCCUUUAUAGUUUUCCUUCUGUCACUGUUUUAUUCUACUGUGAUACAAAGAAGAAAAAGAAAGUUUAUUUUUUUUCUUCUA